AUGUUCUCAGCUUCCAGGCUCUUCCGCCGACGGGGCGCGGAUCGUGACCCCGCUGCCGAGUCCCACGUCUCAUACGAAGUGCCACUGUACACAAAUGCAGCGUACUAUCCGAAUUGGAGAAUCUAUCGAAAGGAACCUCCUUCAUCUUUGCGCUUGGGAUUUAUCUCACAUGUGUUCUACGCAUUUGCCUGGGUGAAAGAUGACGGAACUGUCUAUCUGAGCGAUGAGUGGGCUGAUACCCAGAUGCCCGUUGACGGCGCAGAAGGUUGUCUUAGAGCUUUCGUCCAAUUGAAGCAACAGUACUCUAAGAUGAGGGUCAUCCUCUCUGUUGGUGGUGGCGGAAAAGGCAGUGAGAACUUCGCCGCUGUAGCCAGCAGCCAUUCUCGGGUGGACACUUUCGUUCGCACCGCGCGGGAACUGGUGGAUCAAUUUGGAAUUGAUGGAAUUGACAGUAAGGCCGCGUAUCUUUUUGAUUCUGAGACAAGUCGGAUGCACAUGACUAACUUCAUCUGCUAUGCAGUCGACUGGGAGCACCCCUCUGAUUCCAAGCAAGGAAAGGAUUAUGUUCGUCUCCUCGCACGUCUACGGGAAGUGCUACCCGCUCCGCGUUACGUCCUUACCACCGCCCUCCCUGCUGGCCAGUGGGCAUUGCGAAACAUUGACCUUGCUGCCGCACAAAAACAUCUUGACAUGAUCAACCUCAUGGCGUACGAUUUCGCUGGACCAUGGGAAUCCGAGACGGGCCAUCAGGCGCAGCUUUAUGGCUCAGGCAUAUCUGGUGAUUCGGCGGUUUCUUACGUUAUAGGGCAAGGAGUGCCCCCUAGAAAGAUCAUUUUGGGUGUCCCAGUUUACGGACGAUCCUUCUUGGGUAGCAACGGUCCUGGUCAGCGGUAUACUGGACACGGUGGUGAGGAUGGUGUUUUUGACUAUCGCGACCUGCCCCGACCGGGGACACAGGAGUAUUAUGAUAGGAACAUCGGUGCGUCAUUCUGUGUUGGAGCUGAUGGCGGUUUCGUCACAUACGAUACCCCAGAAACAGUAAAACAGAAGGCGGAAUUUGUGACCUCGUCGAAACUGGGUGGCCUGUUUUACUGGCAUGUCUGCUCCGAUGCCCGAGGACCGCGUAGCUUGGUUGAGACGGGAUACAACACGAUGCACGAGAUGUGA